AUGAAGGCGCUCAUUGCAGCACUGCUUUUGAUCACACUGCAGUAUUCGUGUGCCGUGAGUCCCACUGACUGUAGUGCUGUUGAGCCGGAGGCUGAGAAAGCUCUAGACCUGAUCAAUAAAAGGCGACGGGAUGGCUACCUUUUCCAAUUGCUGCGGGUUGCUGAUGCCCACUUGGACAGAGUGGAAAAUACAACUGUAUAUUACUUAGCCUUAGAUGUGCAAGAAUCUGACUGUUCGGUCCUAUCCAGGAAAUACUGGAAUGACUGUGAGUCACCUGAUUCCAGACGUCCAUCUGAAAUAGUGAUCGGACAAUGUAAGGUAAUAGCUAGAAGACAUUCCCAUGAAUCUCAGGAUCUCAGAGUGAUUGACUUUAACUGCACCACAAGUUCUGUCUCUUCAGCACUGGCCAAUACCAAAGACAGUCCCGUCCUCUUAGAUUUCUUUGAGGAUACUGAGCGCUACAGAAAACAAGCCGACAAAGCCCUUGAGAAGUACAAAGAGGAGAAUGAUGACUUUGCCUCUUUCAGAGUGGACCGAAUCGAGAGAGUUGCAAGAGUGAGAGGAGGAGAAGGAACCGGUUAUUUUGUGGACUUCUCUGUGCGGAACUGCUCCAGACACAAUUUCCCCAGACACCCCAAUGUCUUUGGAUUCUGCAGAGCAGAUUUGUUCUAUGAUGUAGAAGCCUUGGACUUGGAAAGCCCAAAAGACCUUGUCAUAAACUGCGAAGUCUUUGACCCUCAGGAACAUGAGAACAUCAAUGGUGUACCGCCUCAUUUGGGACAUCCCUUCCACUGGGGUGGGCAUAAGCAUUCUUCUGCCACCAAGCCUCCAUUCAAGCCCCAUGGAUCCAGAGAUCAUCAUCAUCCCCAUGAGCCACACAAACAUGGACCCCCACCUCCUCCAGAUGAAAGAGAUCACUCACAUGGACCCCCACUUCCACAAGGCCCUCCUCCACUAUUGCCCAUGUCCUGCUCAAGUUGUCAACAUGCCACUUUUGACACAAAUGGGACCCAAAGACAUUCUCAUAAUAGUAAUUUCAGUGACCUCCAUCCCCAUAAGCAUCAUCCCCAUGGACACCACCCCCAUGGAUACCAUCCCCAUGCACACCAUCCUCAUGAGCAUGAUACCCAUAGACAGCAUCCCCACGGACACCACCCCUAUGAACACCAUCCUCACGCACACCAUCCUCAUGGACACCACCCCCAUGGACGCCAUCCUCAUGGACACCAUCCCCAUGGCCCCCAUCCCCAUGGCCCCCAUCCCCAUGGCCCCCAUCCCCACUGCCAUGAUUUCCAAGACUAUGGACCUUGUGACCCACCACCCCAUAACCAAGGUCACUGUUGCCAUGGCCAUGGCCCACCACCUGGGCACUUAAAAAGGCAAGGCCCAGGUAAAGGACCCCGUCCCUUCCAUUGCAGACAAAUUGGAUCUGUGUACCGACUCCCUCCUCUAAGCAAAGGUGAGGUGCUGCCACUUCCUGAAGCCAAUUUUCCCAGCUUCCCAUUGCCACCCCACAAACACCCUCUAAAGCCAGACAUUCAGCCCUUUCCUCAAUCAGCCUCUGAAUCAUGUCCAGGGAAGUUCAAGAGUGAGUUUCCACAAGUUUCCACGUUUUUUGCACAUACAUUUCCGAAAUAA